AUGAUCCGUCAAGAAUUCAGUCGUCCCAUCGCUAAGCGACGCCCCAAGAUCAAUCACCGAAAUAAGCAGUUCGAGACACAAACUUAUCAACAUUUAGAUUAUAAGCACCGCCUAAACUUCUACAUUCAUCCUCCAACUGCUGAUAUCACGUUGGAGCAAUUUGAACAAUGGGCUAUCGAUCGACUUCGCGUACUUGCAGAGCUCGAAGCAUGUUCCUUUCGCAACAAAACCUUCAUCGAGACGGCCGCAUACAUGAAACCUCUCUUGGAGAAAUAUCUUCCCCUAGCUUCCAAUUCUUCCAAUUCCAGCUCAUUAUCAACCGAGCGACAGAAAGACCACUACAGUCACUUUGUCCUACGCCUAGCUUUUGCUAGUACAGAGGAUCUACGUCGACGUUUUUCACGCGUCGAAACCAUGCUUUUUCGCCUCCGCAUUCAGUCUGACGACGCAAAAGAGCGACAGGCCUUCAUCGAGGGCCUAAAUUUUGACUGGGAAAUUGUGGGUGACGAGGAAAAAUUAACACUGGCAGAUUACCUGCGCGCUGCUGGGGGUGGCUUCCCAAAAAGAAUCGAGGAUGAAAGCUACUACAAGGUCGAUUGGGAACGCGUGCCAGAACUAGUCGACACACGCCGUGUAUUUCUAAGAGCAGGUAAGGCCUACGUGCCUGGAAGAGAACAGUUGAGCAUGGUUGUGACUGAGUUCACUUCACAUUUGGAAAAGGCAUUACUGAUGACAUCACGAGCACUUCCCAGACUCGAUGAAGAUGACCGUCUCACCCCAAUUCUCAACCAUCUGGCACAGAACUUCACAACUCCAGAUGCCUAUUACAGUAAUAGCGAAGCAACUCUAACAGGCGACGAAAUUUCUGCUCGUAACAUUGAUACUCUCUCCGCCUCCUUCCCUCUAUGCAUGCAAAACUUGCACCGCUCUCUUCGUCGGGAUGCCCAUCUCAAGUACUACAGUCGUCUUCAGUAUACUCUCUUCCUCAAAGGUGCUGGUCUGAGUCUUGAAGAAAGCUUAUCAUUCUGGCGAGCCAGCUUUCGCAAAAUUACUGAUGAUGUUUUUAAUAAGGAAUAUCGCUACAACGUACGUUAUGCAUACGGGGACGUUGGUGGCGAUGGUAAUCGACGAGGUCGUGGCUCGGCACCUUUCUCAUGUCAAAGAAUCCUGACCGAACAUCCACCUGGGCCGGGUGAAUCACACGGCUGCCCAUAUAGACAUUUCUCGACGGAAAACUUGAUGACACUCCUACGAGGUACUGGAUUAGAAGACUCCUCCGUCCUUCGACGUGUACAAGAAGAUAAGGACAAAACUAAAUUUCAUUUAGCGUGUAACCACGUCUUUAACCACUUACAUCAAGCCGAAAUUGAUAAAGUUCGUAGCAACGGCACCUGGGGUGCAGCGCAGCUCGAAACCAUUAUCCAUCCUAAUGAGUAUUUCAAGCGAAGUCGUCUACUUAAAACCCUCGCUAGUAACUCUUCAACCGAUGAUGGCAACAAAGAGAAGCCUGAUACGACUAAGGGCAAUCCCUAA